AUGUCGCAAGGCCAGGCCUCUGAACCGCACACGUCCGUGCGCUUCACCACCAAGCUCGAGCCGCGGUGGGUGGUAUCGGACACGCCUCUCGACCUGCCCACCCGCCUCUCCCGCUACGGCCUCUCGGAGGUGGUGAACCACCUUCUCGGCGCGUCGCCCGCGCGGCCGUUCGACUUUCUGCUCGACGGCGAGCUGCUGCGUGGCUCGCUCGGCAAGGCUCUCGCGGCGCGCGGUCUCUCGGGCGAGUCCACCAUCACCCUCGAGUACAUCGAGCUCCUCGCGCCACCGCAGCCGAGGGGCGAGGCGCUGGUCCCGGACUGGAUCUCCUCGCUGGCGCUGGCUGCCCCGGGCUCGAGCGUAGCCUCUAGCAACCCGGUGCUCUCGGGCUGCUACGACGGCGCCGCCUACCUCUGGGACGCCUCGGGCGUCCAGGCUGCCGCGCUCGGCGGCGGAGAGGGCGCUGCCGCUGUCAAGGCAGUUGCCUGGCUGGGCGAGCGGCCGGUGGUGGCGUCCAAGGACGGCGCCGUGCGCGUGUGGGCGGCGGGCGGCUCGGCGGGCGGCGCGGCGCAGCUCUCGUGCGUUGGCCACCACGCCGCCGUCGCGUGUCUCGCUGCAGCGCCCGCCGCCGACAGCCUCGCGACGGGAGGCUGGGACCGCAGCAUCCUCCUCUUCCGCCCGCCCGCCGACGGCGUGCCGGCGGCGAGCAGCGAGCCCCCGCCCAGCAAGCGCGCCCGCGGCGGCGCGUCCGCUGUGACCGCCGCCGUAGCCCCGGAGGAGCUCGCCGCCGCCGCCCAGCUCUGCGGCCAUACGGACUGCGUCUCUGCGCUGGCGUGGCCGACAGCAGCGCUGCUCUACUCGGCCUCCUGGGACGGGACGGUCCGCGAGUGGGACGCGGCGGUCGGCGCCGCCACCGCGACCCUCUCCUCGUCGGGCAAGGCCGCGCUCUGCCUCGACGUCUCCCUCUCGCCCGCCACUGUCGCGACCGGCCACUCGGACCACCAGCUGCGGCUGUGGGACGCGCGCUCGCGUGGCGGCGCGCCGACGGGCGCCAUCCCCCACCACGGGUGGGUCUCGUCGGUCGCGUGGUGCGGCGUGCGAGAACACCUCCUCGUCAGCGGCUGCCACGACGGCGGAGUGCGGCUCUGGGACACGCGCUCACCCCGAGUGGCGCUGCACUCGCUGCCGCGGCACAAGGGCAAGGCGCUCUGCGUCGCGUGGGACGGCGCCGACGCGGUCGUCUCGGGCGGCACCGACGGGCAGCUCCGCAUCUCGACGCUGGCCGCCUGA